UAGUAUUAACAUGUUGUACAACUACCGUACAGUACAACAGAGAUGUUUGUUUGAAAGUAAUAAUAAAUAUUUUUCUGUUGUUUUAGGAUUUCUUCGAGUGAGAUACGAAUCCGAAACGAUAAAAACGAAGAGAUUAUUAUACCAGAAGCUGAGUUAAAUGAAGACCUGCACAGGCAAUUGGAACAUUAUAUUAUAUAUUUUGAAAAUUCGAAAGUACUGUUUAUGCCUUAUCCAAUCGAGACCAUCAGACAAUUUGUUACUUAUUUACAGACGGACGAUUCCGGAUUGACCUAUAUUACAAACGCUUUCGACAUGUAUCAUCUGAGUUUAAGAUACGAGUUAGAGAAUUUAAGAAAGAAAUGCAGGUCAUUUAUCAUUCAGAAAAUAAAACUGAAUACCGUUUGUUCAAUUCACGAUUUUGCACGUGAGAUCGAUGAUCUAACCAUAAUUUAUUAUUGCUGGGUAGCUUUCAACCAAUACGGAGGAAGAUUAUUUAGAACAGUCGACUUUAAGUGCUGUAAAAUUGCAACAAUUGAUAGACUGCUAUCUCGAGCGAUAUAUGAAUCUGUCAGUGAAUCACUUUUACUACACGCCGUGUAUCAGUGGAGCAUAGAAGAAGUUAAAAGAAAAUUGGGUGCAGUCAAUUUUUAUUCGAUGAACGAAGAAUCGAAAAGAAAUGAAAUAAGAAAUGUUAUGAAGCCAUUUAUUGGAAAAGUCAGAUUUCUUGCCAUGAAUGAAGAAGAAUUGCAAUCUUAUGUUUUUACAAUGAACUUGUUAAACGAAGUAGAAAAGAGUCAUAUCUGGCGUGCUUUUAAGACUGUUAAUUAUUCCUUUUUUCCCAGUUACUUCAGUCGAGAAACAAAAACAAGAAGAGGAAUAAAUUAUCAUAAUUUGUUCUCGUACAUAAAUCGUGGAGAUCCUUUUAUGGUCGCAAACGGAGAGAUGAAAGGUAACAUAUUUUUUAGCAGCGAAGUAGUUGUGAAGGAAGAUUGUUACAUCACGGUUUUUCGAUUUCCGGUUAAGCUUGGCGAAAGUUUUCCAAUGUACGUAUACGCGUAUAUUAACAAUGUGGAUAACGAGUGUUUUUCGUUUAAAACCAUUUGCAAUCCACGGGGAGUAGCAAAUCUGGAAACGAAGUUGUAUCUAGAAAAAUAUUGGUCAAUUCGUUUAUUUGCUUUCUUUCUCCGCACUGAAAAUGUCCAACCCGAUAUCGAGUUUUCACCUGAACUGAGUUACUUUGUGAGCGACGAAGGUACAGAUGCCAGGAAAUUUGAAGACAAAUUUCUUAAUUGUGACAGAAACCUUAUGGAAAAUAUUUACUUUUUGGUUGAUUUAUAUUUUUGAAGUCAAAAGUUACUCUGAAAAGAAGUGAAAUCUAAACGAGAAUAUAAAGUUAAAUUUGAAUAUGAUUAUUUUUUAUUGUAUCACUGUAAAAUUUUCGCAAAAUGUAUGUGUACGUGAACAGCAUAACGAAUUUAUUGGGUUUACAAAAAAAUUUAGAUUUAAGGUGCUUAUUAAUGUAACUUUUUUUUGAAUGUCAUUAGUCGAGUUGUUUAUAAUUAUGUUGUGUAUUUUUAUGUAAAUUUUAGAUACAGAUAAUAAAUUUUCAAUUUAUAAA